CAAACACAUUGAUUUAAAAUAUCGAAAAUAUAUAUAUAUAUUUACCUAAAUUCCAACGAUAAACAACAUGAGCCGACAUCGCUAUAAUAAUGUACAGAUGCGUAGCGUUACAUCGGGUCUGUUGCAGCAUCAGAAGCAGCAGCAGCUGGAUAUGGGCCAGCCGGAGAACGAGCAGCAACAGCGCUUGCCGGUUUGGCCCAGCGAGCGUAUUGGUCCUGGCGGCAGCGGUGCCUUUCAUACGGCCAAGGUGGAGUACAGCAAGGAGACAGCAGAGCUGCUCAAACUGCUCAUGAAGGAGUCCAAGAUGUCCAUGUUAAUGCGCAAGCAGAUCAAUGAGAGUCUGGCCAAAGGCGAGCCCCUGCCCUUGCCUAAGCCUCCACGCCCGAAUACCAGCAAUGAUCCGGACAAGGAGACCUUAGCCAUUCUGGAUCGUGCACGCAAAGCCAAGCGCAAGAAUCUACGCCAGAUUGAAGCCAGCGGUGCAUACAACAGCACUUACUAUCGCCCAAGAGCUGACAAUCGUCAGUCGACAGAAAAGGCCAAGGCUCAGCUGCAGCAUACCAUGGCAGGCAUUGACUUGCCGGAUCCGGCUAUUAAGCCGCUGCGUCGUUCACGCGAGGAUCGUGAGGUUACCGAGGAGGAUAUCAUCAAUGAAUUGCUUGACCAAAUCCAAGAGCGUGCCGAAUGGUUGGCUGAGAUGGAAUCGCUGGGACAUGGCCAGAAGUAUCAGGCCGAGAUACGUGAUCAGAUUUCGGAACGCUUGCAUCGCAUACGCGCCUUGGAGACUAAGAUUAAGAUGAAGGCUGCUGGCGGCUAUCGCUUUGUGGACUGAAAACGUUGUGUUAAAUUAUAGUAAGAAUAAUGUUAUUGAAAAUAAACAAAGGCUAGAGCUUGAGCUAUUUGUUUAUAAUG